AACACUUGCAACAAAUGCGAGCACAGCAGAUUCUAGCUCUUCAAAAUUGAAGGCUUAUUUUGGAAAUCCCCUUUUUCAAAAAGACAUUUACAAUUACAAUAAAUUCAAUCUAAAAUUUUACUUGAAUUGUUUCCUGCUAAAUUCCGUCGUCAUACUUAACUUUAAAUCUUUGAUCGAACGGCUCCCUCUGGCUAUAUCUGGACCACUACUAAUACAUUUAUCGAUUUAUGUCAAGUUGACAGGAAAAUUUGUACAAAGAGUUCAACCGUUGAACUGCUAAUUUAUUUGUCCAACACUUUUCGUGUCUACGCCGAACAACAACUACUUAAGCCCUUCAGUUUUGUACCACAACACCAAGUCUCUUUAACUUUGGUUACUUAAAUUACCUUUGUUGUCAUUGGGUUGUUUCGAACUCAACGUCGACUUGAAAGAAUUGCUGCUGAAUCACAAGUAUGGUCAAGUCUUUUUUGGUUUCAAUUUCGGCAGUUAUCAUCUUAUUCUGUUGUCUUCUCAAAUUAGUCGCUUCGGAUCGUGAAGUGCUGUUUGAGUCAUCGCAGAGUUCUGAGAAGAUCUGGACCAUCAGGUCAGAAGUUGGCAGGAGUAAGCAGGGGUGGGUCCCUGACCAAUGGGGAAGAGUUUCUGUGGGCGAAAUCAGAUACAAGAGCUGCGAUGUUGGAAUUGUUGGAGUGAAAAAUUACCUGAUCACGCCUUUCAUUCCCUUCCAAAUGAAGGAUGAAGCUGAAAUAUUAUACUAUGAUAUCACGUACUCAAUUCGGUCGUGUGACGACACCGCGAUCUCUCCCUGCUCAGAAAACGUCAAACUCGGCUUGAUAGAAGUCUCGUCUCAAAACGAAAUCUCAUCAUUGCCGGUCGGCUCGGCUGUCGAAAACGAACUCUUAACAGACAUGUUGCGAGACGAAGGCGAACCUCUUACGAACGGACAGGAACAACGAACAAUCACUACGACCAAUUUUUUCCGACCGCCAGAAGAUCGAAGCAAGUCCGGAUUCGCUCUGGUUUUCGAAGACAACGGCGCUUGUAUAACUGUCAAUCAAGUCGAAGUGUACCUCAAAGUUUGCCCAAGGGUUGAUGAAAAGUUUGCCUCUUACCCCAAAAGUGUAGCCCCCGGAAUGGGAUUUGAAAAGGUGGAAGGGCUUUGUGUGGCCAACGCAGCGUCUAGUGGACCACCUAGAAAAAUGUGCACGCCUAGUGGGAAAUGGGACGAUGAAUACAAAUCUUCUUCGUGCCAUUGCAACCCUGGAUACGCCCCUGGUCUUGGCAGCUCCUCUAACCAAUGCACAGAGUGUCUUCCGGGAAUGUUCAAAGAGCAACCGGGUGAUGGGCAGUGUCAGAAGUGUCCUAAGUUCUCCACCUCCAGAAGGGGAGGGGCUGCCAUUUGUCAGUGUGACCCGGGUCGGUUCCGAUUCACCCCCAAUGACCCAUACUCGCAGUGCUACCGCAACCCAAGCGAGCCCAGGAAUGUGAGAGUUGACUACAGUGCACGUGAUAGUAAUCACCCGAACUCAGUUCGACUCACGUGGGACGCCCCCCUGAAUGACGGGUCGGACGGAGAGGUCGGCGCAUCACACCCCGUCGAGGUAUGGUAUACAAUGCACUGUGAGAACUGUCCCGCGGGGGUCUCUUUUCAACCGAUGAAAGACGGAAUCAGAAGCCGCUCUGUGGCUGUUCGCGGACUGAUACCGGACACCACUUACCAUUUCCGAAUAUACUCCAACAACCGAGUCUCAACCCGACUCGUCUCCAACGAACUCAACUCGGCGUUAUCGUUUGCUACAUUCAACUAUACAACCCCUGCAGCAGUGUUCGUGCGCAAGUUGAGUGCAAAAUCAGUGAACGGAAUCAUUCGUGUGGAGUGGCUGCCGCCUCUGAACAAACAAGAGCGACUCGUUAACGUGUCCUACUAUUACGUAAGAGUUCGCAAACGACUGCAGGAGCCGAAUGUGUUCAGUCAAGUCGAGCCCACAUUACGUAAUCAGAAGGUACCUGGAAAUCGAACGGAUGUCGACUUCGCUGGAUUAGACAAUGCAGAAUAUCUGCUGGAUGUGAGCACAGCUGGUCUCAAUGGGCCAUACUGUGAACCGGUCAUCAUAAAAGUAUCGGGUGUCGGCAGUCUAGAAAUGCAGCAUAGGAUGCAGCGAAUAGUUCUAACUGUGAUCUUGCUCGUGUUAGUGUUCCUUCUUUUCAUCUCAAUAUUCACAAUCGCACUUUGCUUCUACCGCCGAAAACACAAGUGGGGCUAUGCGGCCGCCGCUGCUGCUGCCGGCAACGGGUCCCUCACACACCACAUGAGGACUCCGCAGAACUACUCCCUCUCCCCGAAUCACCAGGAGUCGUGGCUAGGAGGCAUGGGAAUAGGGGUGGGGCUGGGGAUGAAUAGUCCUGCCGAUAUCGCAUGUCACGAGUACAUGUUCUACAGCCAAGAUGGAACCAUCAAGUUGCCGGUCGGUCAGAAGUUCGUGGAGCCGAAGAUGUACGAGUCACCCGAGCGCAUUCUGGCCGAGUUCGCGAGAGAAAUUCACCCUCGUGCCGUGCAGAGAUACUCUCCCACAGAGAACGAAUAUACGCUCAGAGGGAUGCAGAAUCAAGAAAAGAUUCUUCUCAGUGCAUCAAUACAUGGGGGAUCAUUCUCGGCGGAAACACAACACUACAACUUCAGCCAAGACUCAACCUCGUCUUCAGAUCUGAACAAGAAUUCGGCCGAGGGCUCUUUUGUUUACGCGGCCGCUAAGACACUCAAAAGACAAUACACGCAGGAUAUGUGGCGAAAGUUCGCAAUCGAGGCGGCCACUUUGGCUCAGUUCAACCACCCGAAUGUUGUCAUGCUUCACGGAGUAAUCACACAAUCAGAAGAGUCGCCGAAGAUGCUGGUGCUGGAGUUCUGUGAGCGGGGAUCUCUGGACACUUUGCUUCCCCUCAUGAGCAGUCAGCUUAACUUUUUGUACCCCGAGGAGGGUGUUGUAGGGGGAGGGGGUGGAGUUGUGGAUGAUCACGAGGGCGGGGUGAACAAACAUUUAAACUGUGAGGCUGCCGCCACGCAACACAUCAUCCACAUUCUGAGGGGCGUAGCUUGUGGAAUGCACUACUUGGCCGAUGAGGGCUAUAUUCACAAGGUUCUCAGAGCUCGCAACGUGUUCAUUAGUGGUUCUUUCCUGCCCAAAAUAGCCGGCUUUGACGAACGAACGCUGCUGGAAGAAGACAUGGAUCUCUUCUUCUUGAACUGCAGCAACUCCUAUGAUGUCCAGAAACUCCCCCUUGUGUUCGAAGACAUCGCUCCUUGGACUGCUCCUGAAGCCCUCCUUGCCCCCUACAAUUUCUCUCUCUUCAGUGACAUCUGGAGCUUCGGAUGUCUCAUUUUCGAAUGCUUCUCGGAAGGCGAACGACCUUUCGGAAGCAACAAAGUAUCCGAGAUAUCCAAAAUUGUUUCCAGCGUUUCCUGGCGAGGGUUCCCGAAACCCAAAAGUUGUCCGGAAGCGCUGCACGAAUUGAUGAACUCUUGUUGUGUUCAUCUGAGGCGCCCCAGAAGCGACCCUGGUUCAGCCAGAUCAGAGCGUUCCUGGACAAUUUUGUGAGAAGUCCGAGCAUGCAGCAGCACGCGACGCCUGCAAAUAAUUAUCAACCUAUUCAUAAAACAUUCUUGAAGCAAUCAGCCGACCCUAACUGUUACCAACUGAAUUCCAGUGUGCAUUACAACUACAAACCGUUGAGCCCAGAAAGAACGUUGAUUUUAGACUCGAACUCAGUAGCAAUUGACGAAGUUUUGGGCCGAUUCAAAUUGGAUAAGUACUGCGAAAACUUCAAAGUGCACGGAUAUUACACAAUGAACGAAGUUCUAGCUGCGAUCGAAAAUUUAGCUCUCACCUCAGUACGACAACAUCCGAAGCAGAGUCGAAUGAUCGAACUAGCGAGUAAAAGAUUUUUCAAGCAGAUUGGAAUUGAGAGCAAAAAAGAUCGAUCUACGUUAUAUAAGAAAAUACAAUCAUUAUUUAUUCAGCAACAGGCAACCUAUUUAUCUAACCAACAUAAUAGCCCAGGUGUGUUCGUCAAUAAUUAUGAUGACGUCAUCGGUCGGCAAUAUUUAGAUGGGACUCUGUAAAUUAAAAAAACUUUUUUAUUGAACGUCAAUGUCCCGAAUUUAAGAUUGAAAUGCUUAUUUGAAUUCAAUGUGCUACUUAGUUAAAUUCAGUGUUUUUAUCUA